AUGCCUUCCAUUCACUUGGACAGAAUGUUUGUUGGAAUUACCUGUUGUGUAGUGACUGUGACCCUUUGGGCACUGUGUAUUUGAGAGCUCCUCAGGUUUAAAGCAGUUAAUUUUUGUGACGACAGUACCAGCACAGUGAACAUUUCUGCAAGCAAUAGAAAACCCCUUACUUUUGAAUGGAUCAUAGUGGGUAAGUAUGGCAACUAAAGAAAAUGUGAACCCGAUGCUGUGAAUGGUAAUGCUUCAAUAGCAAUCCAGAUGUGCUCCAGAGAAGGGAAAAAUCCUACUUUAAAGCCUCACCAAAUUCUGAAUUGUAAUGAAAAUCUGGACUCCUUAGUAUCACAGAGGACCAAUUACUUGUAUGUUUUUAUUUUGUGUGAGAAUGUUGUAAAAGUGGUGACUCUUGUUCCUUUUCCCAUUUUCUUUCUGUUGAAUGGCAUUUCCCUCACAGGAAAAGCAGGCCCCAGCAAGGUUUCAGCUAUUGCAAGUAACACUCAAAUCCUCACCUCCAUGCCAGACCAACGGACCACACAAAACUUCACUGCUGCUGCAAACGUCACAGUGCAGAUUAUGGAAAAGCUAAAUGUUUCAGAAGACUUUCAGGCAUCUGUGGCAGUAAUGGCUACGGUGAGUCAACUCUUGGAUGCAAAUGAAACAGAAUUCAUCCACAGUAACCUUGUCAAUGUUACAUCAGGCCUCACAAAAACAGUGGAGGAAUUUUCUUUGACUGGCAACAUCUCACAGCCCAAUGUUGCAAUCCAGUCUGCUCCACUGAAAUUAAGCUCCUCUAUGAUUCUGUUUUUGGCACAGACAAAUACAGCACUGGGAAAGUGCCAGUCAACAAAACUAGAAAUACAGGAAAAUGUUCCUGGGCUUCUUAGUGACCUCAGUAAUGAAGUUCAGAUACUGUUCAACAUUUUAAGUUCAUCAGACAAUGGAAGUGUUGGAUUUGUCCUGUAUCAAAACUACAAACUCAUCCAGUCAAGGAUUUAUCAGAGUUGCAAUAGUUUGUCUAAACAAAUAAUCUCUGGCAACAUUGAUGGCAAAAGAGCGAGCAGUGUUGGAAUAGCCUUCGGUCCCAAGUACAACACAUCUGAACUGCAGCUGUGUGAUCAUGCCUGUGUCUUCUGGGACUACUCUGUCAAUGACUGGAGCACUGCCGGCUGUGCAAAAGGAAGAGACCAGUUCUUGAGAUGCAGGUGUAAUCACACGACUAAUUUUGCUGUCCUGAUGGUCUUUCAGAUCAAAUAUAAAUACGCAAAGCCUUUGGAGUAUAUUUCUUAUAUUGGUCUUGAUUUGUCCAUGGCUGGCCUGAUUGCUACCAUUUCGUUUCAAAUAUUCACUAGGAAAACUCGAAAGUCAUCUGUAACAUGAAUGUUAGCAAGUCUCUUUUUAAUGCUCAUUUUUAACAUAAUCUUCAUCUCUGGAAUUGAAAAUCAUAAUGCCAGGAAUCACAGCAGUGAUACUACCAGCUACCACCAGCAAUACCUUCCUUAUGAUAACACCAGUAACACCUUACUCACUUCUGACACGGUAGAUCCUCCCACAGACUCCUGGUGUACAGCUGUGGCUGCCCUACUGUGCUAUCUUUUCUUGGCAACAUUUACGUUGACAGCACUCAAUUCUGCACAAUUAUACUUAUUGUUGCUUAGAGCCACGAAGCCGCUGCCUGGACAUUUCUUUGUAACCAUGUCAGUAAUUGGAUGGGCACUGAAACCAAUAGCUUGGUCACUGGCACAGCAGCACAGGAAUAAAAAGGAUUCACUAAUGAAAAAGAUGAUUAGCACUCUCUCUACAUUUGUAGUGCUCAGAAUCACCUGGAUGAUAGGCUACCUCAUGUUAAUGAGUCAUGAAAAAACAAGUCUUGUUUGCAGCUGUCUGUUUUGCAUUUUGAAUGCUACCCAGCACCGCCAGUCCUAUGCGGGCCUAAGGCCUGUAUUUCGAAACAACCCCUCUGUUAGAAGAAACCCGUACGGGGCGGCGCUGAGGUGGCACGGCAGGAAAUGA